CCGUAAAGAUGCCAGUCAUCCCUGCGCUUGCUGAACGGGCCGUAGUCGUGUCAUCGUCAUCCCAACUGGGGGGAGGGUAAGCAAGGUCGCAUCGUACAUCAGUCCCUGCUACGGGGCCAUGUUUCAGACGGAAAGAGCCACCAUACAAGCUCCGCGUGUGAGAAAACAGGGCAGCGCCGGUCAUAUAACAUGUCCUAUGGGGACGAUCAUCACUUGAGGACCAUGACACACUUUCACUGGGAAUGCAACCAUGACUAUCAAAGCUGUUUCAAUGAGACCAUGGAAGUUGCGUCUGGCCACAGAAUACUCGCAGGAUAUCGAGAGUUGCACCCGAAAUUCGGCCGCUCAUCAUUCACACAGGUUAUCUGCUUGUUACUCGCCUAUGCUCAGCUGCCUCCAAACUCGGUGAACGAUGCCGGCAUGAUCGGUGCACAGCUGGAAGAUGCUGAACAGUCCAGAGCAUACCUGACAAUACAACUAGCAACGCAGAGACAGCUGGAAACCGAGCCCUUGGAGCAACCUGUCAUUUUUCGUUUCUGUAAGCAAAUCUCAGCUUACCUUAGGGUGCUUGGUAUGAGGAACCUCGCUUAUUCCCGGGGCUUUAACUUAUACAGGAGAGGACGUUGUUGUCUAGUCCUUGCACUCCUGGAGCUUUGGAGAGAGAGAAAUGAAGUAGACGAUGACUAUCUGCUGGUCGUGAGCACUCAGCAAUGGCAGGCACUGGCAUUCCUUGCAUUUCUUAUCCACGAUACACUGUGCACUGGUCAGUAAUAAGAGAUCGCCCUGAUCUCAUGUAGUGCUAUGGAAAAUGCCUCUUUCCAUGCUUUGCCCAGUCAGCUAGACAGACUGAGUGCCCAACCGUGGGUCAAACCCCAUACAAGCAUGCGUACUUACUUGCAGAAACUCCUCAUUUGCGCGUGCCUAAGCACGUUUAAU